GAGAACCGGGAGGAACUGGCAUCUUCAGGCCUGCUGAAAAUUAGCCAAAUCAACCACACCAAGCAAAAGCAAACUGAAAGUAAAUAUGGGAGAGUAAUUGAAUGCACAUGGGGGUGCUCUUCACAAAAUGAAAAGUUUGUGUGUUCCCAAAGGAGAAAUUUCCAGGUCUUCAACAGCAUCGACCCAAUGGUUCACAGUAUUACAGAGGGAUAGCAUCAGAAUGGGGCCUUUGGAUAGGGAAAACCUUGAAAAUGGAAGCCCGAAUGAGGAUACAAAGAAAGAAAAACAAAAGAGGACACUCUUUCCAAACCUGGGUCCCUUUAAAAAAAAGAUACAUGGAUUCCAUUUUCAUAGAGGGAAAUAUGGAAGAAAAUACAACAGCACUUAAGGAAUUUCCUCUCAUCAAUUUUUCUCUGGUCCCUUAAUUGUGUUUAAGCCUUGGUGCAGAGAGACGGGAGGACAAAUCAUUCAAAGACAUCAGGCAUUGAUCACUAGGAGUUCUUUGAAUUUUAAUUUGAAGAGGGACUCUAGAAUGAUUCUGACUUAUCAUGUCACUGAGCAGAGCUGGGGGAAGCCAAAACUCGGAAUCUGCUGGCAAGGAAAAGAACGAAGAAAAAAAAUGAGGAGAUCCCUGUCCUGUCACUUUAUUGACAGACGUGCUGUUACAGGCUGUCUUCCCAGAGGUCGCAGAAGAAGCUCAGACGCUGCUGUUCCUUCCCUCCCAAGUCCAGUGGUCUCCCUGGUAAUGGAUUGCUUCUCUCGGAGCUUCCACCCUGGUGAGACCUCCCAGGUCUAGUCUGUGAACUCAGCUAGGAGACAUACUGUAAAAAUGACCGAAGAGCCCAUAAAGGAGAUCCUGGGAACCCCGAAGUCUGCCAAGCCAGUGGCAAUGGAGAAGAGCUCCAAUGGUGAAGUCAUGGUCACCAUGGUCCCCCUGGUCAAUGAGAUUCAGCUGACAGCCGCCACGGGGGGCGCUGAGCUCUCCUGUUACCGCUGCAUCAUUCCUUUCGCCGUGGUGGUCCUCAUCGCCGGGAUAGCGGUCACUGCCGUGGCUUACAGCUUCAAUUCCCAUGGCUCCAUCAUCUCCAUCUUAGGUCUGGUCCUUCUGUCAUUGGGACUUUUUUUGUUAGCCUCCAGCGCCCUGUGCUGGAAGGUGAGACAGAGGAGCAAGAAAGCCAAGAGGCGGGAGAGUCAGACGGCUCUCGUGGCAAAUCAGAGAAGCUUGUUUGCUUAGGACUGAAUGAGACCAAACGGAAUGUGUGGUCUGAAGGACCUGCUCUCACUUCGUCAGCCAAUGCACCCAGGACUGGUGUGGGAGAGGAUGCACUUGGCAUUGCCGCAGACCAGAGGCAUGGGGGUGGCCUGAGGGUGGAGGAUGGAUGGGGUUCUCGUCUGUGAGCAAUGACUUGUGUCUUCGAUGACAAACUUAACACUAAGGGCUAUUUCUAAGACUGAAAAAUCAGUUUUUCCUCUACAUGAAACAUUUUAGGGGUCAUGGGAGGUGCGCGGCAUUAGACAACAUUGGGUUCACCUUGGAAAGCAGGCAAAAGAUGAGUUCUGGCACACCAGCAACCUGCCUCCAAAAUAGAUAACCCAUGCUAUUAGGGUGUUAUAUCAUAAAAAUGUUCUGCUGAGAGUCUAAACGGCCUUGAACUUUGCAUACUCCUGUGAAAUUCUGUGAUCAUUUUUUUUCCAAAAAAUUGAUUCUCUAGCGUCUCUUUUAUUUUUCACUUUCAGUAACUCGUCACUGGUGGUACUUUUCUUGAAGAAUAAACUAAUAUUUUUUAUGUUUUAACAUUGGGCAGUUUUUAGAUGAUCGUAAUGCUGUGUCAGAAGUUUAAAAAAAAAAGGUAAAAUGUGUAGCUACUCGAUGACAUGUGGGGAUAAAUUAAUAUUAAAAUAAUCCAA